AUGAGUAGAGAGAAGGAAGAGGCUUCGUUUAGUAUACUCAGUAUUUAUGAUGAACCAGAGGAGGGGAGGAACGUGCCAGAAAGCUCUGGCAUUUCCUCCCAGCAUGAGCAUCAAGCACAGUCCCAACCGGAGGGGGUGUAUGGGAUGCCCCAGCAGCCCCCCGGUUCCCUGACACAGCAUGGCCUGGUUUAUCAGGAGAUGAGCACUAGGACCCUGCAGCAGUGGGUCCUCCAGAGUCUAGGCAGAUCUGAGCUCCAGCUUCCUGCCAGGACCCGAGUUUGUGAAGAAGUCUGGUCGUUUCUCAGGGCAAUGCCUCCCAUUCCGGAUGAAGCCGUGGUCAGGCAGAGGGUCCCCUGGAGGUGCUGGAAGGUUGGCAGGCUCCGCCAUGGAAAUAAAGUCUACGCCGUUGCCAUCAGCGGCUCGACUCACCACGUGUACACGUGUGGCCACGGCUACAUUAAGGUCUGGGAUGAGAGCGCUCUACAUGCCUGCAACAAGGCCCCACAGGCCCAGCUGGACUUGCAGGACCAUCAGAACUGCGUCCUUGCCUGCAAGCUGUUCCCUGACGGGCGGCGCCUCAUCACUGGGGGUCUGUCCCGGAACCUGACGCUGUGGGAUCUGGCACCCACACCCCGUGUCAGGGCACAGCUGGCCUCCACGGGCCCCAUAUGCUAUUCCCUGGCGCUCUCCUCCAAUGCCCAGAUCUGCUUGGCUUGUUUCAAAGGAUUUGUUGAGAUUUGGGAUUUGCAGAACCAAAUCUUGAUCAGGAAGCAUGAGGUCCCCGAAUAUGGGUCCCGCUGUGUGGACAUCGCAGGCAGUAAGUUCUGGACAGGAGGAGAAGACACCAGACUAUAUUCCUGGGACCUGAGGUGCUACCAGAGGUUGUAGCAGCACGAAUUAUGGCAAGAGAUCCUCAGCAUUACCCAUGACCCCAGUGAGGAGUGGGUGCUAGUAGGCCUGAGGACAAGCGAUAUCAUCAUUCUCCACACGCACCAGAGAGAGAAGGUUAAGGCAGUCCUUCGUAAAUAUGUCAACCGCCACAACCUCCAGUCUGCCUCCUGUGGUGAGGAGCUAUUUUUGACCGCACUGGACGAGGCGAUCCACUGCAUAGCCGCACCUUCUCUACAAACGUUGUUUCAGGUAGAGGAGCCUACGGCCAUCCUGUGUUGUGAUGUGUCUUCUGACAACCAGUAUCUGGUCACGGGUUCCAAGAACAGUGCCACGGUUUACCAGCUCUUGUACUGA